CGGGAACAAGCGUAGUAAUUAGCGCGAACUCCGAUCACAGGCUCAGCGGGUGAAUUUAUGUUUUACUGCUUUCCCACUGUUACGAUUUAGUCAAACAUUUAUUGUUGCAGCUUUUAGGUCAACUUGACGGAAAGCGUGGACGAACGUACUGCAAGCGACUUACGAAUUACGUGGUGCGGUGAAACCUUUGAAGUGACAAGAUUCUGUGUUUAGAGCACAGUUGAUUGCGUUCGGAGUUUUAUCAACAAUGGUCUCUUUCUACGUCUUUCUUGUUGUGCUUGCCACCGUUUCUUCUGGUUUUGGUCAAGAUAACGAUAACGAACCGUCUUGUGCUACAGUGAAGACUGCCUACAGACAGAAAAGGCUGACAGAUAGUGAUGUACCGCAAUGGGCUGUGAAAGGUAUACAGUGCUGCAUGAAGUGUGCCAUACCAACACUCCGUGAGCUUUGUAAAUAUGUGGUUGUUUCGGACCAUUCUCGGUGAUAUCUACGUUUUGUUAAUAUUCUUCUCUCGGCAUGGGGUAUCACUUAGUAAAUUUCGCCUUCAAUUCUGAUAUUAUCGCUAACACAUUUUGUCUUUACAUCAGGGGAUGACCUUCGCAUCUGCCCGAAAGACAACGGUAAGCAAUGCUGCUCACAGCAAAUGGAAGAUCGCUUCGCUGUCUUUGCGAGCGAAGAUUUUGACAAAGCGGUCUCGUCGAAAGUUAGCGAAAUGAGGAGACAGUUCCACCUUCAAGAAAAAGCAUUUAACGGUGAGUCAGUUACGACAAAAUGUACAAAGUGUUAAAAGUGUGUGGAUUAAGUUUGAGUGAAAAAUGGAUCUGCUAAUGGCAUUUCGAAUAUACAGAAACCAGCGAUUUUUAUGCACGCGCUCUUCACGUUAAGCUGGUUUCGAGAAGAAAAACUUGCCUCUACGUUUAUUUUACUUCGAGUUAAUCGCGGAUCGGUGUGACCGCGAGCAUUUCGUUUACAAGGUCAUUUUCUUCAAUAUAGGUCGAUCCGACUUGGUCCACAGGAAAUUGAACAAAAUUCAAAAGUAAACAUCGAUGUGCAUGCUUGAUGCUACUUUACGCAUAAGCCUGAAGCAAUAAUUAUGUCACUCUAAAUAUUCUGUCGUUCCGGUUUUAGGUAAUCCCUGAAUAUGCCAAACAAGAACACACGCUAAGUUACUUAAAGAUUUUUAUAGCUUUACGAAAAGUUUAUGCGCCGCUUGAUUUAAUUCAUGUGGGCAGAAAAGACGAUGGAAUCGAAGGAUUUACCGUAAAUUUUGAAGUUAUCAAAGUAAAUAAUGAUAGCUGCCUCUGUAACCUUAUCUUUUCUAUCUCCUCUGUGGAAUGUCCGAGAAAACAGGCUUAAAAUUUAUCGGGUUGAGUGUUAUAAGCUCCCACGAAUCGAGCCUAUCCAAGGAACUAGUACUUUCUGUGGCAGUUCUAAUGGAUACACCUCGAUUUUUCGCGAGGCCAACCGUACGUCUUGAAUAGGAUUUUACUCUCAAUCGAGUUUGUGAAUAGUUCGUGAUGUAAUUUCGGCAAAGUCUUCCAAACCGUUAGUAUUAAAUUACUUUCCGCUCUGAGCUGCCUUCGGUUCCACAACGUGUUCAUUUGGUAAACUUUACUUAAAGCCGAUAGGGCAUGCUUAUGUCUGUCGAACAAUCGAGGUUAACGAUGAACCAGCACCGUUUAUUUCAGAGCACAUGUUGUUGGGUAAUUACUGCACUGAAGGUUUAUCUUUGUCAGUAGAGGUCGCACAAAUGACUCCAGUUUCUUCUUUACUUCAGUGUAAUCACAAGCGAAUGUUAAAUUUAGAAUCGACUGUUGUUUUGCGCAGUAUGCGAUUGCCCGAGGCUAUUGAAUAUUGAUAUUAAUCAGAAUGGAAUAUGUUAUUUCUUUUAUUGUGAAGUUGAUUGUUUUCCCAAUUUCGCGGUUUUCUCGGGUCAGCGAACGCGCUACCCAAACUCCAUAUAUAUCUUACCACCGAGUGAAGUACUAAUGUCGCGGGCUUUGUUCGAUCUCAUAUCCAAAAUGUAUACUGCAUGGGAAAAUUGGCAGCGAAAAGAUAAUGAUUUUAUAAAUCCAACUUAGAAGACCCAAAACGGAAAUUAAAGAAGAAAUGAAACAAUCUCUCUCGUAGUAUGAUCGUUAUUGGAGUGGCAAUGUUGUGAAUUAUUAAGUAAAACUUUCGCCUUUUACGGGAAUAAGUAAUGAAGUUUUGCAAUAGUGAAGUUUUAAUAUUAAUAUUUGUUUUGUCUUAGCUUUUUUUAUGAUCUUAGGGCAUUGAAUAUUGAUCCCCCAAUUUCCAUUUAAACCACAUAGUGUCUUGUGGAUUGGAUUUACAGAAUUGUUUGGUCAUUCCAAGUCGUGGUUUAGCUGGGUUAAAUACAGUUGUCAAAAGCUUACAAACUACUUCAUUUCCUUUAUUUCUCUGGGGAAGUUUGAUAAAUUAAAAGGCCAAUUUUCGGGAAAUGUCUCCUUUUGCAUUUGCUAGAAGGAAUAGAAUGCAGACUCAAUGCACAUACCAGUCUUUUGCCAAAGCAGUGUUAAACAGGUUUAAUUCCAAGUAGAAUAUUAAUAAACUUCCCUUCCGAAUAUAUAGCUCAAAUAUGGGCUUUGCCAGUGUCAAAGUGCAUUGCUUGAAAAGUGGGUUUGUGAAUAAAUUCUAAGCAGUGUGCAUCAAUUUAUCACCUUAUCUUAACCACAAAGCCAUUCUUUAUACUUUUUAUAACAUUCUAGAAAUCUGUAUCCUUGCUUUGAAGAGCAUGAAAAGCUUAAGGGCAGACACACAAAUAGUUUUAUUGGUAAAUUCUCUAGCAAAAUCCAUAGGAUUAUGCAAAUAUCUCAUAAAUCAUUGUGACUUGAUGGAAUUGAAGCUAACAUUUACUCUUAAAAAAUGUGUGAAAUUUAGGUUUAAAAAUAUAACUGUUGUGAUGUAAAUUUCGUGAGACCCAAACUUAUGAAAGGUCAGACUGUUUAGCCUCAAAAUUACCCUCUGUCAUGUGAAACUUCCGUGGUUUUGCUUUGAUGAGGUUGGAUGACUGUUUUUACUAGUUGCUUGAAUAUAAUGUCAAAAGGUCUUGUAUCUGCGUUUUGUAAAGGUGUAAAGUUUGAAAUUCAAAAUACAGGUACUUGUUUGAGUUUGUUUUAUUAUAUUCUUGGUAUUCUAAUGUUCUUUCAAAAUUAUGGCUGUUUCCUUUUUUACUGGAAAAUAUUAAAAGACAGCUCAUCAUUUUUGUGGCAGUAUUGUUAUAUAUUUUUUUUCAUAUCACAAAAAUGUAUCUGUGAACCAGGAUCAGAAUAUUACUUCAGGAGCUGUAAUAUUCUCAAUUGGUCCAGGAACCGAGAAGUUUGUAGAAUUUGGCUGCUAUUAUAGAGUUGGGAUCCCCCUGAUUAGCAAAGUUUUCACAGAAGGUGGUCAAAAUGUUCUCCUAAUGACUUUUUUCCCAUAACAACAUACAAGUGAAAUCCUUUUUUUUCAAUGUUUGUAAUUUUUUUUUCUAGAAAUGAUCAGAAGUGUUGCAAUUCUUUUUCUUCAUUUUUGGCAUAAACAAGAUAUGAGUAACAUUUUUUUUUUGUUUUGUAAUUUUUUUUUUAAUGUUCAGAAAUGUUGCAGUUUUCUUUUUCAUUUUUGGCUGAAACAUCACAUGUAUAACAUCUUUUUUUAAAUUUUUGUAAAUUUUUUUAAAAAUCUUUUUCUAGAAUUGAUAUGGAAUGAAACAUAUGCCUGAAAGCAAAAUAAUGAUGUUAAUUCUCCUAAUGACUUUUUCCCCAUAACAACAUACAAGUGAAAUCCUUUUUUUCAAUGUUUGUAAUUUUUUUUUCGAGAAAUGAUCAGAAAUGUUGCAAUUCUUUUUCUUCAUUUUUGGCAUAAACAAGAUAUGAGUAACAUUUUUUUUUUCCGUUUUGUAAUUUUUUUUUUUUAAUGUUCAGAAAUGUUGCAGUUUUCUUUUUCAUUUUUGGCUCAAACAUCACAUGUAUAACAUCUUUUUUAAAUUUUUGUAAUUAUCUUUUUCUAGAAUUGAUAUGGAAUAAAACAUAUGCCUGAAAGCAAAAUAAUGAUGUUAAUUUUGAAGUAUGAUUUACAUCGUUUACAAUAGGCUCAUUUGCUUUAAAGAAAUAUUUCUUCAGCUGGAUUUGAAUAAAACAUUGUUAUUAUCAAAAUUGUCUGGACUUGCAGACAUCACAGGUGAUUGUCACCUGUCCAUUUUCACCUAAUUUGAGACUUGUCUUAAAUGGCAUUGUUAAUUUCUUGCAGCAAAAAGGUUUUCAGUGAUAAUUGAUUUCUGAAUUUUUUACCCUGAAUUUAAUAGUAACAAUACGAUUCUUACCUGGAUUAUAAACUGGCUUUGCUGAACCUUGGUGUUAGAAGAGUCUACAUCCUUACUAAAAGCAAAACUGUAAUUCUCUUCUCUGAUAGUUAAUAAUGUUUCAAGUGAAAAUGAAUAGCAGCAGACAUAUACAGAGCUGUGAAGUAACCAAGUUAAUGCCCACCACUUUUAGUGUCACUGAAGUUGAGAAUUGUUUUGGUAUAAACCAUGCAUGAACCAAGAAAUUAGUUUAAUUCUUUCAGUAUAUCAAAAAUGGUUGGAAAUUGAACUCUUGUCAUCCAGUUUGAUGUCAUCAGCUGCUCUCUGAGAUAAUAGCACUUGUUUUAUAAUCACUUUUGGGCCAAUUGCCAACCUCGUAAUUAUGAAAUAGUAUUUGUUUAGCUGCUACAAGAUGUUUUUGAUAAAUUGGUUCAUAACUUGGCAGCUGUCCUCUGUUUUGUGUAAAUUUUAAAUCAAAUUUAAUAAAUUUUGCUGGGAAAAGGUAACAUUUUUGUGAUUUAUUGUGGGUUGAACAAUAGACAUGGCAGUGAUGCUAAAGAAGGAUUAUCAUUUAAAAAUGUGAUGGAUGUAUGGUCUGAAAUGAGUAGGCAAUUAAAUUGAAUUAUGUUUGUGUAACAAGCUUGGCAAUGUUACCAUGCACUUCCCCCAGAAAAAAAUUGAGAUUUGAAACUUUGCAAGAUGCAAUUUUAAGCAUUCUGAGACAUAAUUAAGUAACUUUUUUCGGCCAGAUAUUGAGGAUAGAAUAAUUUCCUAAAUAUGUGUUUUCUGUCUUAAAUCACAAUUCACAAAGAGGGUGGCACAAAAUGAACUGGCAGCCAGUGGGUUGUGACUUCCUACUGGCAUCAAAUGACAACCUUGGUAAAGAUCCUAAGACAUGACAAUGAGCAUGUAGCACUGCAUUUGGCUGAAUGGGUCUUAGAUUGUUUUCUUAAAUGAGGAGUGUGCUUCAGAAACAUCCUAAUUUAAAUUAUAUCUGAAUGAUAACUAUUUUUCUUGGGUUAAGAUUCCACAUAGUCACACAACCUUUCCAGAAUUGUCUUUUAAUGUGAUUAAUAUUCAACUGUUCAUGUUCCUUCUGACUUGUCAUUCCCAAGUGCUUAAACAGAUCACCAAGAAAUGGGAAAAAAGGGGAGUAAGUCUCUGUUAACCCUUAAAUUCCAAAGAUCCAACAAGAAAUUCUCCCUUUAAAGUCCCUUACAUUUCCUUAUAAAUUUAACAAGAGAAUUAAGUGUUCUAUCUACUUAGUAAAAGGUGUAUGUGAAUUAUAAGGAGACGUUACUUGUUAUCCACUUCAGAAAGUUGAAGGGUGAAAUCAUGGGUAUUUGGCCAGGUUGCUGAAUUAGGUUGAUACUUUAUUGGACACUUAAACUCACUUAAACUCAGUCUGUGACAUAAUCUUGCAAUUACCAUUUAAAGGAGCUUGUAAAGUGAUGUUGUUUUUAAAGCAUUCUUCUGUUGUAAUGCCUUUUAUGUCUCUAAUAUUUUUUUUUCCUCAUUUAUCUAGCACACUUCCAAUCCUUGAUCAAGGAAUCCCAUGAAUCACUGGAUGCUUACUUCAAGAAAGUCUACGUUCACUACUACUCCCAGAACAGCAAGAUAUUCUCAGAUUUUUAUGCAGAAUUGAUGAAGUAUUAUGAGGGAGAUUCCAGCUCUGACAUGAAAACAAUCUUAAACAAACUGUUCAAAAUUCUCAUGCAAAAAAUGUUCCAGAUCAUGCAUGCUCGUUUCCAGUUCAGCAAUUCUUAUCUGGAAUGUAUACCGAAGCAUAUGGAUCAGCUAAAACCUUUUGGGAAUUAUCCAGAAACGUUAACCUCUGAGUUGAGAAGUGUUUUAAUUUUUGCAAAGGCCCUUACAAAAGCACUUGAUGAUGUUCAUGAUGUUUUCAUCAUGCUUGAGAACUCAAUUUCUUCUAAAGACUGUCAGGAUCAACUCAUCAAGCUGAAAUACUGCUCCUGGUGCAAGGCUUUGACAUCAUUAAAACCUUGUCAUCAGUUUUGUAUGGAUGUACAUAAGGGUUGUUUGGCUGACAUAGCAAAGGUGAACAAUCAAUGGCAACGCUACCUGGCGGCAGUGAACGAACUUUUUGAGAAGCUUUCAGGGGUAUACAAUAUUGAAAUUAUCCUGUCCAAAGCGCACAUCAAGAUGUCAUUUGCCAUCAUGAAUUUCCAAGAACCAACUGUGGUUAAAGCUGUCGAGGAAAGGGUAAAUUAAAAUUUCUUUCUUUUCUUCCCCUCAUUUUUACUGGAGGUUUCUCCUGAAUUGUUGUAUCUCACAGCUGGUCCAUGUUUGUGGUGGCUUCAUGAGCUCCUUUAUUUAGUGGGACAGUUUGUGCCUUUGUAUCAGGCAAUUCGGUCUAUGUACCCAGAGGAGAUUUCUACCUGAUUACUGUUCACACAGAAAAUUUGAUCUCUGUUGCUAAGGUCAACAACUAGCAUCCCAUCAGGUUGAAACGGUAAACAAGGCUAUGGUUUUUCAUUUUGUAGAACACACUUGUAUUGAAUUAUGCAUGAUGUGACUUCAUUACAAGAGAAACUAUUACAUCAGUGAUUACAACAUGUCUACUUGAUGCUGAUAAAUGCAUGGGAGAGUUGUUAAAACCAAGAUUGUGCAUUUCAGACUGAAAAGCCUUUGAAAUUGAAUGAAGAUUUAUCAAUCAGUCUCAGAUUUAAGUGACAAGGGAAUUUUGAGGGGUAUUCUGAAAUUUCUCCUUUUUUUUCAGUUUUUUCUUGUGUGUCUUUUUUUGGUCUGUGUGCCUUUUUCUUUGAUACAAGUGUUUAUGAUCUUCUUUAGUGUAAUUCUGUUUCUCAAUAAAUAUCCUGUCACCAUAUGCUGAAAAAGGAAGCCUUGGAUUCCCAAACUUAGUUGAUUAAACAUCAUUUUCAUGCCCUGGAAAUGAGAUGCUUUUAAAGAACAGUGUAUUUAUACAUGUCUUUGAUGCUGAGUUUUACAUACUUGCUAUUCUAAACUUUCUCAGGUAUUCCAAGUAUGUGGUAACCCUGAAUUAACUAAGAGAUCAACAGAUGACUUUUUCCUUGAAGGAAACAAUCGACAAAGAAGAGAAAAUGAUGCUGCUUUACCCAAAAAAUCAGCAGAUGUCACCUUGGAAUCGUAAGUUUAGAAAUGUGCCAUCUCUAUUUUUGGACUAGAAGGGUAAUGUUAGUUGAACAGUGAGGAAGCUGUUUUGUCUUCAUUUUGAACCACUAUUUACAAACUUUAUUAAGUUGAAUACAGAUCUGAAGUAAAUUUAAUAAAUAAGGGUGCAGGAUAUCCUAAAAAAAGAAGGGCUUGUCAGAGUGGGAUAUCCUACAUUCUUAAAUGCUAUAAAUUUAAUCAAUUGACUUCGGUAGUAAAGCCCACACACACUUAUACACUUGCUCUCAUACCAAGGAACAUACAUAAGCAUAUACAGACACACACAAAAAAACCUCAAAUUAUUUAAACUGAUGACUAUUUAAUGAGACUUGGUGGCGAUCAAAAUUAUGAAUUCAAUUAAUUAAUACAUGUCAAUAUAGAAGCACUUCAAUUUCUUUUUGAACAGAUGUAGGCUUCUUGACUUGAAAUAUUCAUCAAUAAUAUUCCAAGUUUUAGGACUUUGGAAUUUAAUACUGAAAAGGCUUAUGAAUAAGGGUGCAGCAUGAAAUGGUACAAAGAGUUCCGUCUUGAAUAAACGUUUGUCAGUUCAAUUACCUUGGAAGACUUUAUGUAAUCUUGCCUUGGGAAUUUUGAUUACACAAGGUGUGAUUGCAUUUUUGAUAGCAGAAAUUCCCUCUUCUCUCUCAGAUUAAAAACAGACUUCAAAGCCGUAAUGAAAAUGGCUGAUAACUUUUGGACUUCACUACCAGACAUGUUAUGUAGUGACAUAGCAGCUGAAAAGAAUAAGCCCUCCGAGUGUUGGAAUGGUGCUAGUAAAGGAAGGUAAAUAUUUCCUCUUGUUCUGUUUCCUUGAUCUCAUCUCCUUUAUAUAAUUAGCAAGGUGGUAGUGGCAGUAGGGCUACUGAAAAGAUGGUUAGACAGGUAUGGUCAGAUGAAGACCAGAAGCGUAGCAGUUCAAUUGUCGUGAUUGUCAAUCGACAGAUUGACUCUACAGUUGAGAAUGACUUGAAAUCAUGUAACAUUUCAUUAACCCCUUCAACUCCAAUGAGUGACCAAGACAGAAUUUCUAUUUACAAUAUGAAUACAAUUCUUAGCAAGCAAGUAAUAAGAUGAAGACAAAUAUCAAUAGGAGAAUCAUUGGUUGAUCCAAUAGGAAAUUCUCUGAACUAACAUCAGAACAAUUGUAUGGAGGACAGGAAGGAGAAUCAGUAAUGAGAUCUUAAGAGUGAAAUGUUUGCUCCUUACAUUAUAAGUUCAAUAUCAAGUAGACAAGUAAAGAGAAUAAAGAAACAUAUCAAUUAGGGGAUUAUUGCUUGAUCCAAUUCCAAAUUCUCCAAACUAAAAUCAUAUAAAUUGUAUGGCAGAGUAAGGAGAAUUAAUCAUGAAAUCUUGGGAGUUAAAGGGUUAACAACUCAUGAACAAAAUAUCUGUUUUCUUUUUCAAAGUUACUCAAGCCCUGAUGAUGGAGAGAAUGCCAUCGAAGAAAACCAAGCACCAUCUGUGUUAAAAGCUAGUGAAAAAUUGAAAAACAUUGUGAAAAUGAUUGAGGAAUAUUCCAAUGCUGCAGUGUAUGGGGAUGAAAUAAAUAUCGUCACCACAGACAAUGAGGAUGAUGAUGAAUCAGGAAGUGGGAGUGGUGAUGGAAGUGGAAGCAGUGGAGGCAGUGGAACAAAUGAAAUACCAAUUGACGCAGAUGCAACACCUACAGACCCCAUCAAUGGGGUUGAUAACCUUGACAAUGAUGAUAAUGUUGUUGGGGGAGGGGUGGGUGGAAACACUCAAGGACAAUCGAGGAACUCUGCUUCACAAACUGUAGUUGGAGCAUGGUUGUUCUAUUCAGCAAUUUUAUUGUUGUGUUCUUCACUUGUACCAUAAUGGUAUUAAUGGAAGUGGGAUUCCUGUCAUUGCCUACAACACAAAACAUUUGCAUCAUACUGUACAGUACGGAAUGGAUUGUCUGCACUCAGUUUCUUUGAAAAGAUUAUUUAGUUUAGAUACUGGUCAUCAAGGCAUUGUCCAUGUUAUUCAGUGCAAAAAUUUCAAUCCAGCCAUCAUCUCAAACUGCAAGAAACAAGCUAGAUUAUGAAUGAAAAAUAUCAAGCUUUUUAUUUGUGAAUAUGGGAAUUUAUUUUUACAAAACAUGACUGGAAUUAAUGUUAAUGAAUUGAUUUGUAAAGUUUUAAGUUUGCACAACUAUUUGAAAAAUCAGUAGUUGUUUUUUCACUUCAAAUUCCUGCUCAAAAUGAACUUCAGUUUGCUACAGUUAUCAUAAGCUCUUAAAAAUAGUCUAUGGUAUUAAGACUUGACAGAAAUUGUAUAUACAAUUGACCCCUCUUUUGUGGCACUUUGGUGCCCAAUGUUGAUAGGAGUUAGUUGGAAAGGCUUCAAGUGUCAUCUCAUAUAGUAUUUGUUUGGAUUUUGUAAAAGAGGGAGCUUUGUGCUCAAAUUUUUUUAAAACUGCUUUAUUGGACAUAGUGUGCCAUUUGCUUAGACUUUUGGAGCUUUAUUAGACACUGGCUGAACUUGAAAUGUCAUUAAGCUUGUCAAGAGAGGAAGUGCUCCAAAUUUAAUUAUCAACAACCAGAAUAUAGAAAAGAAGUAGUUUGUAAAUCUAUGUCACAGGCACUUAGAGAUAAGUGCAAGUAACUUUAAGACUGGUAAUGCAUUGGGUAAAGUGGUUGGUUGUGAAAAAUGUGAAAGCCUCACAUUUUCUUCACUCCUUCCUUGAAUGAACAAGUUAUCUUGUCAAUGGCAGGCUUUUUAAAAAUAACACAAGUGCAAUUUGUGAAUGAGUUUUAAAAGUAAUCAUGGAUUGCUUUAAUUGUAAUUGGCAUAGCGUUUGGUUAGAUCCAGAAAAUUGAUUGAGUGGUUUCAACAAAUGGAACGCAAAACUAACCUAAUCAUGAUUUUUCAUUAGUAUUCUCCCACAGUUGAAAUCGAGAGUUUCUUUUUAAUUUGAGCUCUCACAGGCUUUUUUAUACUUCCCUAUUAUUCUUAUGGGCUGUUGUGAUUGUGUUUUUUUGUGGUUUUGUAAUACUCAAUUCAAAGGCGCUCUUAGUGAGAGGGAUGUAAUCCUUCAGUGGUUCAAACUUGUUUGAAUAGAAUCAGUGACUAAUUUCUACCUUUUGAGUUCAUUACUAUUAUUCAUGUUUGUCUUAACUCUUUAACCCCAUGAAUGACCAAGACAGAAUCUCUCCUUACAUCCAAAUUGUAUUGCAGAGAGUAAGGAGAAUUAGUGAGGAGAUCUAGCGAGUUAAAGACUUCGAAGCUAAGGUGAAUACCUCUAUGUACUGGACUGCUCAGAAGCAGGAGUUAAAUUGUUAUGACCACUGUUUGAACUGUACUUUUAUAGAGAAAGGAAAAAAUUUAUUUUUUUGAUCACUUUGUAACUUGUAUGAGUUACUACUGGUACCAUUUGUGUUUUUUAACAAUGGGCAUUUGAUAGACUACUAAAAGAGAAGUCUUGGUAUGUGAUUAAGAGCUCCUCAU